GUUAAAACGUCACACGGCCAGUAUGUAGUAUGUUCACUGUAUGUAUUCGAUCCAUACAAGCGAUUGGCAAACGUGUAUUGAUAGGUCCAUGACGUAGGGCAUGGGAGGGGUUUAAAUGGUGGAAAUAACAAAGACGGGGGUGUUUAUUUUUAGCCCGAGGAAAGUAAGUUUUGGGAAUUUGAUCUGGAAGGAUUUGUUUGACAGAAGAGUUCUGUAUACGAGACUGUGGUAGGGAUUUUGUGAUUCUGGGAGUAUGAUCGUUCUAGAGCAGUGAAAAGAUUGUCAAGUUUUUGUUAAGGAAGUCGGGAAAUCUUAGGUUUGUGUUGUAGACGAGUGAAGAAAUUUGUCAAGUCUAGUUGAUUCACAAAGUCUAGAAGAUGUGUGGAUCAGCCUCGGGUUGGUCUAAGUUCGCCCUGAUCAUCCUGCUGGUUGGGAUAGCCAUCCACAUCGCGGGUUGGGCGACAACCAGCUGGAUGACGUACAGUACCACCAACAAUGUGGUGGAGACCAAAGUGGGCCUCUGGAGGAUGGUGUCGUGUAACUCGGGGACUUGUUCGGACACCACGGUGGCAUCACAGUACGAGACUGAUGCCUUUAACGCUGUCCGAGGGCUGGAGACGGUGACCUUCUGUCUGGCCGUGUUUGUGGCCGUCCUCCUGAUGAUCUACAUGUGUGCUGAGGGGCUGAGGAAACCUACGGUGGCGGCCGUCAUCAUGUCGCUGCUCUAUAUCGCUGGUGGUUGUAGCUUUGUCGGGAUGGUUGUCUUCAUCACCACCGUCCCCGACCCCUACGUCGUGUCCUUCUCCCUGGGUCUGACCGUCAUCGCCAUGACCCUCAUCCUUAUCGCCGGCACCCUCAUGAUCCCCGACAGCUUCGAGUCCGACUACGACGACGACGACGAGUUCUACAACGGUCGCCGACGCAGUGUCGUCUCGCCCAUGUCCAUACGGAAACGAGGCCCGCCCUCCCGGGGAAUCACGCCCAUCUCCUACAAGGGCGGGGUGGAGGGGAGCCGUUGGAGGAGCUACUAGAGGAGCUGAGGUGAAGAGGUAACACAAGAACAGCCUCUAUGACGACAGCGUGCUGUAUGGAAGAACAGCCCAUAAGAUGACAGCGUGCUGUAUGGGUGCUGUGUUAACUCUUCCAAUGUAAACAUCAAUGUAAACAUCAGUGUAAACAUCAAUGUAAACAUCAGUGUAAACAUCAGUGUAAACAUCAGUGUAAACACAUUAAUAUCAACAUCAAUGAAAAUAUCAAAUGAUCAACGCCACACACAGUCUAAAAGGAUGUAAAGUACUAUUUCCAAAUAGGCCAACUCCAUUUUAAAAUGUUUUCUAUUUUUUUUUACUCUUGCUUACUUUAAAAAUUCGCCAUACAAGUAUAGGCCUAUGUGUGUGUUUUCAAAAGAAGGAAAUUGAAAAUAAAUUAUAUUGGCUUAUAAAUAAAAAUAAAAACAACUCCAUGUAUAGAGAAAUCACGAAGCCAAAAUAGAUUCGCCUUGUAUAUUCGCCCCCACCCCUCACUAUUCACCCUACACAUACGCCCCCUACACACACGCCCCCCCCCCCACACACACAUAAACACGCACCACCACCACCACACACUAAGCUGAAUACAGCACUUACUCAACCACACCCCACGUCCCCCAAACCUUUCGGCUUUCUCACAGAUAUAUUUUUUUUUAAUUCGGCGUUUUAAUUUGUUGUUAAUAAGAAAAAAAUAAUCAUGCGAUAAGAAAUUUCUUUUUUUUUCUUGGACUGUUUUCUUCUACUAGAUAUACAGAUUUACUGAGGUAAACAUAAACAAACAUAUUGUUUCUGUGACAUAUAAAAUCCAACACGUCCUCUUGAUUGUAAAUGUUGUAGCUGCUACUGUCCAUUGAGAUGAAAAAAAAUUAUAACACAACUAUAACGACCAGUGGAGUUACUCUACAGUUUAACUGUUCUAGCACCUAGUUGCUCGCCCAAUGUUUUGUCUUGUCUAACUUCAUGUAUAUGUAUAUAAGCUUACAUAUACGUUAACCUGUAUCCAAAUCCCGUGCCCUACCUGAUUAAAAGGUAAAGUUGCUGUGAUAUGCGUUUACCUUAGACGGCACCAUGGGACUAACACGUUUACCUAUGUGUACACAUAUUCUAUUAUUAGCUUUUCAUCUGUCUCACUUAUAUUUAAAGAAAAAAAAAUGACAUGUUUUUACUCAAUGAAUUUACUGUUUAUCCUUUUUAUAACUUGGACCUCGACUUGACCACCACAUUUGACUCACACUUACACACACAUUCAGUGACGUCACAUCUCGCUUUGUCUUGUGCUUAAGGCAAUUUUUGUUACAAGUUUAAAAUUAAAUUAAAGAACAAG